AUGAGCACGGUUGAUAAAAUGCUGAUAAAGGGCAUCCGGAGCUUCGACCCGGAGAACAAGCAUGUCAUCACCUUUUUCAAGCCCUUAACCCUCAUCGUCGGUCCCAAUGGCGCCGGAAAAACAACUAUAAUAGAGUGUUUGAAGCUCUCUUGUACCGGUGAAUUGCCCCCCAAUGCUCGGUCUGGUCACAGUUUCAUCCAUGAUCCCAAGGUUGCUGGGGAGACAGAGACGAAGGGGCAGAUAAAGCUGCGAUUUAAGACGGCUGCAGGGAAGGAUGUGGUGUGCAUAAGGUCGUUUCAGCUGACACAGAAAGCAUCAAAGAUGGAGUAUAAGGCAAUUGAGAGUGUGCUUCAGACAAUUAAUCCUCACAGUGGGGAGGUUGCUUUCCCUGCAACAAAGCUUCUCCCAAAGCCCCGAAGGAAGCAUCAGUCUGAGGAUCCUCUGAUUGCUUGA